AAAAGUAUGGCUUUCUCGUCUCGCGAUUCCGAUUCCGAGUACGCUUACCGUUUACAGAUGGAGGAAGCACUCGCCGCUUCUCUCUCUUCCCGAUCUCAACGACCACCGUCUCCGCCUCCGGUUGUUGCCACGUGUGGUAUCGCUAUCGUCGUUGAAGACGAGCCGAAGCCGACGACGACGGCUAAGACAAGUCGAGGUUACGGUUUCGAUUUCAGGAGAGCCGUCGGCGAAGGGAACUCUAAAGGAAAAAGCAGUGUUGUACGUACGGAUGAACGAAACCCUAACACUAUAGUUGGCAACUCGGGAAACACUUCCGGAAACCCUAAUAUCAGACCUUCGUCGGCGGUUCAAUCGGUCGGAAAGGGUAGUUCGAGGGUUCACGCUGCUGGUGGAAGAUUUGAUGGGAACGUGUUGUAUAGGCUUUACUUUAAGGGUUUGGUUAGCGAAGACAACGGGAAGGGGAAGAUAACGGACGUACUCGCUGGAUUUGGGGUUGCUAUUUGUGACCAGAGGGAUAAUUUGUUGUUCGAGAUGAAGGGACCAUUGAUUGGCCAUGGUGUGAGUCGUCAGGGAGCAGAGCUCAAGGCAUUGAUUCGAGGACUUACCGAAGCUUCGAAGUUGGGGAUCAAACAUAUCGCUUUUUGUUGUGAUUCUUUUCCUAUUUUCCAAUACGUUAGGGGAAAGUAUGUGGCUAAGCAAAAGAAGAUUUCGCUGUUGUUGAAUGAUCUACAAACCAUCAUGGGAGACUUUUUAUCUAGUCAGCCUGUUCUGGUGGCUGGAAAUGAUGUGAAAUUUGCUUAUAAGCUUGCAAGGGAAUCAAUACUUGCUAAGGUCACUCCUCAUGAAGAUCCUCGCCAAGCAAAAGCAACUAGGAAAGAGGAGUGUGCUAUCUGUUUCAACGACAUCUAUGCUGAGCGCAUGUUUUCUGUUGACAAAUGCCGUCACCGCUUUUGCUUUCAAUGUGUGAAACAACAUGUAGAGGUGAAGCUGCUUCACGGAUUGGUUCCGAAAUGUCCUCACGAUGGCUGCAAGACUGAGCUGGUUAUCGAUGCCUGUGGCAAGCUUCUGACUCCAAAACUGAGUCAAAUGUGGCAACAAAGAAUCAAAGAGAAUGCAGUACCUGUCACAGAGAGGGUUUACUGCCCUUUCCCGAGGUGCUCGGCUUUGAUGUCCAAAACCAAGAUUGCUGAAACUGCCAAGAGCUUACUGUCUGUUUAUCCCAAAUCUGGAGUUAGGAGAUGUGUCGAAUGUCGUGGCCUCUUCUGUGUAGACUGUAAAGUUCCGUGGCAUGGAAAUCUAUCCUGCACCGAGUAUAAGAAAUUGCAUCCUAACCCUCCAGCAGAUGAUGUGAAGCUAAAGUCUCUUGCUAAUAAUAAGAUGUGGCGCCAAUGUGGCAAGUGCCAACACAUGAUUGAACUGACACAAGGGUGCAAUCACAUAACUUGCAGAUGUGGGCAUGAGUUUUGUUACAAUUGCGGAGGUGGAUGGAACAAGAAAACGGAGACUUGUGUAAAACGCUGCCCAACCUGGGAUGAAGCAUACAUCAUCACACGUCAAGAUCCAGUGCGUGCCAAUGUGGCUCCUAACAACUACUUUGAUGAUAUCAUCACACGUCAAGAUCCAGUGCGUGCCAAUGUGGCUCCUAACAACUACUUUGAUGAUGUCAUCACACGUCAAGAUCCAGUGCGUGCCAAUGUGGCUCCUAACAACUACUUUGAUGAUGUCAUCACACGUCAAGAUCCAGUGCGUGCCAAUCUGGCUCCUAACAACUACUUUGAUGAUGUCAUCACACGUCAAGAUCCAGUGCGUGCCCAUCUGGCUCCUAACAACUACUUUGAUGAUGAUGACGAGGAUGAGGAUGAUGAUGAUGAGGAUGAUUACGACUAUGAUGACUUCCUCCUUCAUUUUGGGCAUGCAAUGAAUGAUCCUAAACCUGAUGAGCCCUUCGACCCCUUCUUUGACUUGCCAGAUGGUGUGAUCUUUACCCCCGAUAUGCUGUCUCCCAAGAGUCGUCGCCAAUUGUACCAGUCGGAUGAUGAUGAUUCAGAUGAUAAUGCUCCUGCAAAUGAGUUUGGGGAAUACUAUACCCGUAAUGAUCUGGAAGCACAGAGUGCUAAUGCGAUGAAUGAUCCUAAGCCUGAAGAGCCCUUCGACCCCUUCUUCGACUUGCCAGAUGGUGUGAUCUUUAACCCCGAUAUGCUGUCUCCCAAGAGUCGUCGCCAAUUGUACCAGACGGAUGAUGAUGAUGCAGAUGAUAAUGCUCCUGCAAAUGAGUUUGGGGAAUACUAUACCCGUAAUAAUCUGGAAGCACUCUGUGCUAAUGCAGAUGAAGAUGACGAAUACUUUGGAAAGUAUGGAAGGUACACUGGAGGACUACACGAACCCUUUCCAUCCUGACUAUCCUCAUUUCUGAGAUUUGGUUUGGCACCAAAGUUGGUAUCUUUUGCUUUUGUAUUUUCCACGUCCAAACUCUUUCCUAUGCUCUCUCUCUCUCUUUAAUCUUUUUUUGAGGUUCAUGCUUUUAUGACUUUUUGUGCUGUAUGACGGAUGUAUGAGUUUGGGUAAUCUUUGAAUUUGUAGACAACUUGGGUUUAAAGUUAGGGCAAUGUUUUCGUUUUA